AUGGCGAUGUUGAUGGCUGGCCGUGUGCUGCUGGUGUGUGCCCUCUGCGUGCUGUGGUGCGGUGCGGUGUUUGGACACGCGAUGGAGGAUUACUGCAGCGAGGGUGGAGGGAACGGUUUGAGGCACACGAGUAAUGGUGGAGAUGACGGCGUGUCUCUAAAGGCGGACUGCGGGUUGUUAUCGACUCGAAUGGCAUUAAUAAAUGCGGUUGAGGCUGCGGAAGCUGGAGAAAAACCGAGUCGUCCAGACCCGCCUCAGGAUACGGAGGAAUCAUUACCUGAUAAUAAAUUGGGCAAUAAUGCGAAUGGCACUGGAGCGCCUGAUUCAGGAGGAGGUAGUGUCUCAGUUCAACCAGCAGGAAUACCGCCGACGCCUAAAGGAUCAGAUAAAGAAGAAAAGGGUAAGAAACCCGAAGUGGAGGAUACAAGUGGUGAAAAAGUAGCAGGAGAUCAGGAACAAAAGGACGGUACGACAACUGGGCCCCAACUCCAAAGAGCUGAUCAAUUGUCUUCUUCAUCAUCUGGCAGCUCUGACACUGAGGGUGUCAAGCGACCCUCUUCGAAGGAAAAUUCAGAGAUUAGUGAAUCCUCCGAUAACCCGCCGCAAGAAGAAGGAGAAAAAGAUCUUGGCAGUGCAUCUGACAGUCAUGAAGAGGAGGCGGAAGAAAAAGAAACCGAAGGAGACCAAAAAAACGCAGGCAAUCAGGCACCAACGGAGAAACGUGGAGAUGCGGCCAAACACACAGAAAUACAAAAAGCAACAACAGAACCGAAUGGACAGUCCAGCCCUGAGGCUUUAGAGGGUGUGAAACAGUCAGAAGAAGUCCAAAGCGAAAAGGACUCAAAAAACAAUCCACAAACAAAGAGCGUUGACUCCAUCGCAGCCAAUCAACAGAAUGGACCAUCUGCCGACCAUGGAGAAUCAGGGCUACCUUCACCCACGGCAAACGGUGAUGCUGCCAAUAAUGAAGCUGACAAUAGCACUGAAGACGGCAUCCCGAACAGUGAUCCAGCAGCUGAUGGCGCAGGGACACGAGAAGAAAAACAAAAUGAAAAUAAAGAUGCCAAUCCGAAAGAAACACCAGUGACGGCCGCAGCCAUGAAAACUACGACGGCGACGACUGGCGACAGUGACGGCAGCACCGCGGUCUCCCACACCACCUCCCCUCUUUUGCUUCUUCUUGUUGUUGCGUGUGCGGCUGCGGUGGUGGCCGCGUGA